AUGGACCGUGGGCUUGGUCCUCACUUCAAAGUCCCGGCUGGCUCCCUCCAAGUCGUAAUAAUGACCUCUGCAUCCACCUUUAUCAUAAUGAACAACUGGCUUGUCUAUCCCAUGUACCAGAAGCUUACCAAGAAGCGGCUAACACCGCUUCGAAAAGUCGGGAUAGGCCAGGUGUUCACCAUCCUAAGCAUGGUAGUCUCUGCGGUUGUGGAAGCAAAGAGGCUGAAAACAGUUGAAAACAACGGACAUUCCAUGUCAGUGCUAUGGCUGUUUCCUCCUCUAGUUAUAGUGGGGAUAGGCGAGGCCUUCCAUUUUCCGGGAAAUAUUGAAUUGUUCUAUGGAGAAUUCCCAGAGUCUCUGAGGAACACCGCAACUUCAUUGACCUCACUGGUGAUUGGAAUCUCUUUCUAUCUGAGCACAGCUCUGAUAGAUCUGAUCCAAAGGACCACCAAGUGGUUACCAAAUGACAUUAACAGCGGAAGAGUUGACAAUGUUUACUGGGUUUUAGUCGUUGCCGGAGUCUUGAAUUUCGGAUAUUUUCUCGUCUGCUCUUGGUUCUACAAAUACAGAAAUCUCGGAGGUGACAAUGAACUAGAUCCUAAAGAUGUUUCAACCUAA